AUGCCGUCCGACUUGAAGCCACAACUGAACCGGGCAGGGUCCCAUCUCCUACACCAACCACUACUCGCCGGCGACAAACCACAACGAUAUGCAUCACCUUCAAGAUCACGCAAUGCUUCGAGGACGCGACAAUCCUCGAGGUUUCGAGAGCGGGAAAGCCAAACAGCGACCAGAGAUGACACGCGAACUCGCUACACAUACGCUGCCAUCUUCCUCGUGAUCAGCUUGAUCACCUUUGCUAUUCAAACCGAGACUGCCGUGUACAUUCAGCACACUCUGAAAUGGAACAAGGCAUAUUGUAUGCUAUACUUCACACAUGGCUCGUGGACAUUUCUAUGGCCUUUUCAACUUUUGAUAUUGCGGAUACAGAAAUGGAAUCAACCAUGGGACGCAUUCUGGCGGCGGCACGUGUCCAUCAUUCGUUCGACUGCACAGAUGAUUGAGCAUCGGACACUCAACGUCCCACCUCAAUUGCAGAAGAAGAGUCCUGUGCCAUAUUUUGUCCGAAUUGUCCCGUUUGUCACCUGUGCACUCACUGUUGCAGGCGGCAGUUGGUACGUGGCCGUGAACAUGACAACUGCGUCCGACCUGACAGCCAUCUACAACUGCUCUGCAUUCUUCGCCUACGCCUUCGCCGUACCGCUGCUCAACGAGAAGCUACAUUUAAGCAAAGUGACCGCCGUUGGCAUUGCCAUCGUUGGCGUGUUGGUCGUCGCCUAUGGCGAUCAAGGGACCGCAAAGCAUGGAAACAAAUCCGGCGGAGGGGCGGGCGGUCCAGACGCACCCGAGGACCAUGAAGCCUCAAAUCGAGUCGCCGGCAAUCUCAUAAUUGGCGUGGGCAGCGUCUUGUACGGAUUUUACGAAGUACUGUACAAGAAGGUGGCUUGCCCGCCCGACGGGUGCUCGCCGGGCCGAGGCAUGCUAUUCGCCAACACGUUCGGCACGCUCAUUGGUCUUUUUACCGUGACGGUCCUUUGGAUUCCAUUGCCAAUCCUACACUACUUGGGCUAUGAGACGUUCGAGCUUCCUAGAGGAGAAGCGGCGUGGAUGCUGGCCAUCUCCGUCUUGGCGAACGCCACUUUUAGCGGGUCAUUCCUCGUCCUCAUCUCACUUACUUCACCCGUCUUGAGUUCCGUGGCUGCACUCUUGACGAUUUUCUUGGUCGCGUUAUGCGAUCAGAUUUUACCUCCCCCUCUCUAUAAUCCGCUCACCGCCGCAGCGGUUGCCGGUGGUAUGUUGAUCAUUUUCGCCUUCGCACUGCUGAGCUGGGCGACGUACAAGGAAGUCGAAGAGGAGAGCAGGCGGAAAAUGGAGGAUGGCGUCGACGAGAGUGAUGCUGAGGAGGUUUAG